AUGUCUAUUGCAAAAUUAUUUGUUAAAGUUUUUGGUGAAGAUAUUUUUAAAACUCAAAAUCAGCAAGAUGUAAAUGGAGAUGGCGAGGAUGAGGAGGGUAAACGGAGUUCAACAGGAGCAGCUGGUCCCGGUGGCAGUGGUGGCGGCAUUAGUUCAUGUGAUAAUGGUGGCCUUACAUUACCCGAACAAAUGGUCUUGGUGAAGUCAUGGCUAAAGGGAAAGCUAGACGACAUCGAUGCCAGCUGUCAAGAUGCCAUCGCACAGCAACAAUUGGAAAUGCGGUCAAGGCUGGGACCGGAAUUCGUAAUAUUCGAUAUUGAUUUUUCAUCAACGGUGCGCAUAGCCAACGACCGUUUAACGGUUCGGUCACAGGGUAGCUUCAAUACCAUUAAGGCAAAUGUUUGCGUUUUCGGCGGUCGUUGGAUGUAUGAGGUCCAACUACACACCAAAGGAGUGAUGCAAGCGGGUUGGUGUUCCAAAAAAUGUGUCUUCAAUGAAAACAGCGGUGUGGGAGAUUCAAAACUUAGCUAUGGCUAUGAUGGCAGCAAACAACAAAGUUGGCAUAUAUCAACGGCAAAAUAUGGUGAAAAGUGGCAAGUUGGUGAUAUUAUCGGCAUUACCUUGGAUAUUGAAAAUGAAGAGAUCACCUAUUAUCGUAAUGGCAUUUCAAUGGGUGUGGCAUUUUCGAAAUUGGAAAAAGGUCCGGGCAUUACAUUUUUCCCAGCCAUCUCAUUGGGCUACAAUCAAAGUGUACAGGCAAAUUUUGGCAAUAAUCCUUUUAAAUAUCCAGUGGCCAAUUAUAUGCCCCUAAUGGCGGAGCCAAUUGUGCAAUUAAAAAAAUCGGAAUUGUUAUUAAAUUAUUUAGUGAAUAUGUCAACCAUAGUGGCGAGAUAUAAUUGUGAAAAGGCCAAGAAGAUGAAAGAAGAUAAAUUGUCAACUAAGAAGACCGUCUAUGUGGUCUUUUGCACAUUGAUUAUAGAAUAUUUAUCGCCAUUGCUAUUCAAUAGCUAUAUUAUUGAGAGUAAACUAUUGCAGACCAUAAGGCAGUUGGGGCAAAGGAGAUGUGAAAGCGAUAGUGUGCAACCUGGCCACUCGGAAAGUCCCUUGGGUGCUUUAUUGGAUAUUUUGUGGAAUUAUUUGGAGGUGGAGGAAAUGAAAUUUAUUUUGAAAAAAUUGGCAAAUUCAUUGCUUUGUGAAUACACACAAACCAAUAAGGGUUUGGAUUAUGGCCAACAAUGUGAGGCCUUGCAGACACUCAUUGGUCUAUGCAAUCACAAGCGCUGCCGUAAAAUAUAUUUGGAAUUUAAGUUUUUCAAGAAGCAUUUCUUAGCCUUAUUAAUGUAUAUUCGCCCACCGGAAUUCACAUUCAUGCAGUUCCUUAUACCCGAUCACUUGGCCUGGACGGAGGGUAUUGGUGGUCCCAAACAUAAAUAUAUGUCUAUGGUGGAGAAAAUUGCCAAAUCUACAGAAUUGGUUUAUGUCCUACAAAAGACCCUAUUGUUGACUUUACUUAUAAAUGAUGAUGGUGAUGCCGUGACAGCCUCAAGUCGUAAAAUUUUCCUGGCCAAACUGCGUCGAUAUGUUAUGGAUUUGAGUAUGGAACAAAGGCCCUUCCACUCCAUAUUUUUUAUGCAAUCCAGCAUUUUACAUCCCAUUGAGAGUACGGUGGCUUUGGCCUUUAUUUGCAUACUCAUCGAUGUCACAAAAACGGCCUUUGAAAAAGAAAUGAUCGGCAUGCCAGUGGAAAUAUUACCGCGCUAUUUUUAUGAUGGUAGUUUUGAAUAUCAACAUUUUGAUCGUGUCGGUGGGGUGUUGUCACAUUUGCGCAAGGUGCAUCGCAAUGAUAUUCAACAGCAUUUGGGUAUGGAGAGAACAUUGGAAUUGUUGGAAGAUGAUCGUAUGAUAGCGGAUUUAACUGGUGAAUCAUUAAAUUCCGUCUCCAUUGUUAGCCGUCCAAUUGGAAAUUCAACAGCAUUUACAACCUUCCUGAAUCCGCGAAUAAAUCAGGUGUUUGAAGUCAAACCUGGUAAUAGCAGAACUGAUGCUUCCCUAUAUGAUUUAUUGGAUCUAUGUGUCUUAUAUUAUUAUUGUGUGGGCCAUAAAUAUAUUGUUAAAAUCGCCUCUGUACGCGAUGAAAUAGCUGCCUUAAAUGAUGUCCUUCUAGAAACUAAAUAUUAUCGUGAAGAUGUUGAAAAGAAGUUACAGGUGUUGGAAGAUCAUGCCAGUGUUUGCAUGGAUGAACAGCAUACGCAUGUGGUAUCGGAAUUGAGAACCAAAUUUAGUCAAAGGGAAAAUGUUUUUGCGAAACGUUCUAUUGAAUUGGCACGCAAGCAGGCUUGGUAUCGUGCAGUGGCAUUGGGCCCCAAAAGACGUUCGCUGUUGAUAUGGCUGCUGGAUAAGGCCCUAAAGACUUUAAAUGCCUCCUCCCAUGAGGGUCCCCUAUUUGCAUUUGUUCCUGAGGUUUAUAUUAACAUUCUACCCAUCCUUUUGGAUACCGUUAUGGAUUUCAGUAAUCAUGAUUUAGUUGUGCAAUUUGAAAUGCAAGAUUCCGAGGGAGUUAUAAAUGCAGUUGCGAAUUUUUUGAGUUUACAUUCCGCGGAUCCUCGAAUUGUAUUGGCUUCGUGUAAGGAUUCUUUGUUACAGGCUUUGGGUACCUUGACAUGUCACAAGGCGGGUAUUCAAGCCCUUGAGAGGGCACCAAUGAAAAGUCAAAUGGCCCUGGUCAAUGCCCUGCUGCGACCCUAUGAAAGUCGUGCCUGGGGCCAAAGUAAUUGGUUAAUAUUACGUUUCUGGUUGGGUCAAGGUUUUGCCUAUCGUGAUGCCCGUCAACCCUGUGUUUGGCAGGGCGGCAAUUCUCCCAUGCAUUUUGGCCUGUGUCGUUCACGUUCCAAAAAUGAAACACAUACCGGUCUGCUGCACAACAUUGCACCGGCAAAUCCGUCCAAACAUUAUCAAGAUUUGAUUGGAUCGAAAUUAAGUGAAGAUGAGCCCUUUGCUACGGCAUUUUUAAACUCCGUACUAAGUCAAUUGAAUUGGGCAUUUUCGGAAUUUAUAUUAUUACUGCAGGAGAUCCAAAACACCGCCCACCGUCAGGAGAAUACCAAAUUCGAGCCAAAACAAUUGAAAAUCUGUUCCAUGUGUUUUGAGUUGACCGUCUCGUUGAUGCGUUGUUUGGAAAUGAUAAUAACCGUGGCGCCAGAUAUAUUCCAUGAUCCCUGUCGGGCCAAUAGUGAUUUGGUUUUAAAUCGUGUCUGCCAGUUGAUAAGUCAGGUGUUGUCACGCGUCACAGUCCCACCGGGCUGCUUUCAAUUUGUUGUCGACAUGUGUUCAUCCUCGUUGAAUGCAGUAACCCAUUUUCCCAUUAUCACUGCAGCAUUGGGUAUUCUUUUGGCCCUGUUCAAGGAUGAAAUAGAUAAUGAUAAAAAUCCAUCCAAGGUCACCCGAGUCUGUCGUGCCCUUCUGACUGAUCCCAGCUUCCAGUUUGCCAAUUUGGAAUUUGCUUUGGGCGAAAUUAAGACACCCAUUUUACAACAAAGUGAAAUUCCCCGAGGCAAUUUUGAUCCAUCUACUCGGGCCCAUAUUGAUCCACUGACUAACGAUGUGCGAAUACCACAGCCAACUACCUCCAGCCUUAAGAAGAUAAGGGCCGAUCCUCCAAUACUGAAAUUUAGUCUGAAUGAUUUUCCCAGUCAUGUCACCAGCGAAGAAAUUGAAAAAGUCAAAACGCUUAUUGAUUUGCUAAAAGCCAAACAAUCACUGCUGUCGGAUAUAACAUUACCCUCAGAAGAUUCAUUGUGUCCAAUUUGUUGUGCCAAACCGAUAGCGGUGCUAUUCACGCCCUGCAAACAUCAAUCGUGUAGCAAUUGUAUUCUGCAACAUCUAAUGAAUUCGAAAGUUUGUUUCUAUUGUAAGACACCGAUACAGACCAUAGAGGCCUCAGAUGGUUCAAUUAUUUAUCACAAUGCGGAAUAUUUACAAACGCCGGCGGCCAUAUUUUAG